GCUAGUCCCAUGACGCACUGCGUAUUGUUUUGGCGGGAAGACUCAAAGUUAUGGCGGCUGCAUUCUGAUAAUAACAUUGUACUUCAUUUUCCUUUUAUUUUUUCAACCAACCAUAAAAAUGAAUAAAAAUAUUGUUCGACUUGCCGAUGAAGGAAACGUUUCUGCUCUUACAAAAACACUUGCUGAAGUACAACUCGAGGAGCUCGGGGAAAUUUUAGAAGAAAGAGCUCUUGAAGAAAAGGCAGACACAGUCAGUUUUAUUCGAGCUGUAUUAAAAGGGUCUUCGUGUAAUACAAGUGAUGGUUUAAAAAGAACAAUGUACAUGUACAAACAAACCAUAAAACUGCUAAACAAUGGUGAAAUAACUAACAAGGUAUCAACAGAUAUAGUUGGUUUUCUUCUUAUGGAGCUGGAUGCUCUUCCUGGUAAAGCCUUAGCAGAACUUGCUGACGUUUUUUUGGAUGCAAUAAAAGAAGGAUCAGUCUCUGGAAAGAGCCUUGAGUUGCUCCCUAAAGUAUUGUCUGCUGUUGCUGCUAAAGAAUCUGUACCUUUGACAACAGAUUGUGGUGGAGAGAUGUCUGGGCCUGAAUACAAAAGACAAAUAUUAAACAGCUUGUGUUCCAGCAGGUGGGACUCUCAAUGUGUGAUACAUCUGGCUGCAAUGUUUAGGGAUGUGCCAAUGAGUUCUGAAGAGUUGAGGUUUGUGAUAGAUAAGUUACAGAGAAUGUUUAAAGAGCUUGACCUCCAGGAGCUUCCUCCUUUGGUGUAUCAGCUGUUAUUACUCUCCACUAAGGGUCAUAAGAAUCUGGUCCUACAAGGUGUGUUGUCAUUCUUUAAUGAACAAGAUGAAGCCUGUAGAGAAGAAGAAAAAGCACAAAAUCAUGAUGGUGUUCAGUCCAUCUCAAAAGAGCAGCUUCGACAUAUGGAGGGCACCAUCAUCUUGCACAUUACAUUUGCUAUAAAACAAGACCAGAAUCUUGGCAAAGAGUUGAUUAAAUUUCUUAAGGCUUCCCAGAGUUCUCCAGGAAAGAUCCUAACACCCUUUACUGUGGCAUUGUCAUUGUCUGUGGCUCAAAUCCAUAGAUUUGAAGAAACAGUUUUUGAUAUACUCAAGUCUUCAAUCUUAAGGAGUUUCAAGGAUGAAGAGAGACAAAGGCAAUCCAAGUGGAUUAAAGAAAAUAUUCCUGAAUGUUUCAAAGUACAAGACUUUAUCCUGGAAACUGUGCAGAAUAGCUUGUUUGGCUGGGAUCAUGUCACACAAGGUCUUGUUCAACUUGGGUUUUUGUUGAUGGACAGUUAUGGACCAAGAGUGUUUGAGACCCAUGCUUUAGAACAUCUCAGUCCAACCCAACAAGCAUGUGAGCUUGGCUCCAAGGUUCUCCUGAAUACCUUCAAAGGACAUGAAAUGGUCAGAGCAGAGAUCCUGGAACAGAUUCUUAACAGAGUGGUAACCAAGGCAACCACACCUGUUGGUCAUUUUAUCAACCUUCUCUCAAGCACAGUGCGGUCUGCUCCCCAUGUUCUAUUGGAGUCUCUACCAAAGGUGAAAGAGGCUCUUGAUUACCUCUCUUUUCUCCCACCCAGAACAGCAGAGGGUCUUCUAAAAGCUCUUCAGCCUCUUAUGAAGAUAAGUCUUUCCUUGAGAGAUUCAUUGAUUCUUGUGCUGAGGAAGGCAAUGUUUUCUAGGCAAGUUGAUGCAAGAAAAAUUGCUGUUACAGGUUUUCUUCAGCUACUGAAACACUUUAAAGUUCUAGGAAGUGGUGGUCUUGGAUCAAGUCAGGCAUCUAGCCAAGCAAGUGUUUCUUUUUCCCAAUGUAGUCAAGUACAGGUUGAUGUCCACAUCAGAGGAGGUGCUGGCAAUGAAGCUCUUUGCCUGGAAAUUCUUGGAAAUCUAAGAAGAUGCUUUACACAGCAGUCUGAUGUGCGAAUUCUUCUGUAUGAGGGCCUAUAUGAUGUUAUGUGUCAUAAUCCUCAGCUUCGUCAACCAAUACUUGAUGCUCUGUAUGUGCAGUUCCAAAAGUACUAUGAGACAGAAGAUGACGUGACUCCUCCCAUCAAGCUUGAUCCCUGCCUGUCAGCCUCUGGUGAACAAGUCUUCUUAGCAGAGCCUUUGGCACAUUUACUAAGUGCCCUUCAGCAUUGUACAUUAUGGUGUGGUGAUCACACAAGUGAAGAAGAUGAUGACCAAGAUAAUGUGGAACACUUGUUUAAUGAAGUAGAAGACCUGCUACAGUCACUUACAAGAAGAAUGAUCAAGUCUGAGAUGGAAGAUUUUGAACUGGAUAAAUCUGCAGAUUUUUCACCAACAACAAGUGUAGGAAUGAAGAAUAGUUUCCUAGCAAAUCUUGUCUUGGGAGUUUGUGAGCUUCUUCUAGAAUUCACAUUCACAGAAGGAGAAUUCAGCACUCAGUCAAUAGAGGAAGUGACACAGCUAUUUGCAGUUUAUCACCAAUUAGAAGACAUCCUAAAAGAAAAGUCAGUUGUUCAAGGUAAAAAGAGUCGUCCAUGGGGCAGUAAGCAGCAGUCAUCAUCUACCAGUCUGUUGUCCUUGGGUUGUGUGGCUCAAUUGUGCACUGCAUUGUUCAGUGAUUUGACUCCAAGCCAUCAGCAAGGUCUAAUGCCAUUACGAUCUGUUGCUGACUUUGUAAGAUAUGUCCUGAAUGUCACACUGCAGAAACUAAAACAGAUAAGUGAGAGUGGUACUUGCAGUGGUCCAAGAGGUAGAAACAAGGAGCAUAUCUAUAAACAAUGUCACUCCAUAGCAAGGGUGUUCUUAAAGCAUGUGUCUGGCAACAGCUGUAUCAAUGAUGACAGAGUGAAGAAAGACAAGAGUAAGAAACUGAGCAGCCUAUGUCUGGAGGGACUUUGUAUUGUGGUGAACAUAGUUUGCUGUCAUUAUAAGGACAAGCUGUCUCAUUUCCUGGCGAUUAUCGAUUUAUCAGGGGAAAGCAGAUCUGAUCAGAUUGAUCAAGAUGAUGAGCAAGAACACAUAUAUUCAACUAUCAAAAUAUUUCAGCAACUCAUUAUCAGCAUCAUCUCAUCUGAUACACAAGACAGUGAUAUUAGUGUCAAGGACACCCACACACUUAUCAAUGUUAUAUCUCUACUGACUCACCAUCUCGACCCAGACAGCCAGCAGUUUGCACAUCUCCAGUGCUGGGUGCAACGAAUCUGCAAAGAACACAAUGUUGAUGACAUGACAUUAUCUAAAGCACUGGUGACUCUGCUGUUUUCUCUGACCUUCCAGUCAAAGACAGGAACAUCUAUGAUCCGUGAGAUGGCCCAAGAUAUUCACAGUCAAUUAGGAGAUGUAGACGAAGAGAUUGAAGUUGAAAAUAGAACUCAUUUUGCAAUAGUUAAUCCACGAACGGCAGCUCCUACAAUUGCUCUGAUUGUAGUGAAUCAGAUGGAUAAGAUACUUGAUGAAUUAGACUGGACCAUGUCUAAAAUACGAGGUGACCUAGCUGUCACACAGUCCACACCUUCCAAUGCCAAGAUGCCAGACUCCCCUGAUAAUACGCAAAGAACCACCCUUGAAAGUGCUGUGUGUGUUCGUCUUACUGGCCUUGUCAUGGCACUACAUGAACUAAGUCAGUCAGCUCUACCUGAAGGGCCAUGCACUGAAAGUACAGUCAAGGUGCUCACCAAGCUGUAUGUUACUUUAGCAACAUGUGGAAAAUAUUAUAUGGCACUGUAUAACCAACGCCUUGGACAUCUACCACCCAAGUUUGAAAAACUGGUGAAGUUAACAGGGACCCACCUCUCUCAACAAGUCUAUGCCAUGAUCACAUACAUACAAGCAGUGCAGACCCAGUCUUUACAGGAGAUGGCAGCUUCUUCAAAGGGCAAGGCAAAAGACAAGAAAAGAGCUCAAAACAUGGCAGGAAAAGCCAAAGUGAUGAAAGAGAUGAAGUCCAUUCCCAAUCUAAUAUAUGCUAUAGAACAGUAUGAGAAAUUUCUAAUCCAGCUGUCAAAGAAAUCCAAGAUCAACCUGAUGGAACAUUUCAAGAGAAGCACAGCAAGAGACUUCCGUAUCAAUGGUGCAACUUUAGAAGCAGCACUUAGAGAUGACCCAAGUGAUGAAGAAGAUGAGGAUGGAUCAGAAAGUGAAAGUGAAGAACCUCCAAAGAAGAAAGGCAAGAAUGAAGAAGGAAAACCAAGAGGUGGAAAGAUGAGCCUAAAACAGAAAAAAGCUGCAAAACAAGCUCUAGCUGUACCAAACAACUAGGUAACCUUUAUUCCAACUUUAUUUUAACCUUGC